AGGCCAAUAAAUCCAAUCCAAUCCAAGGCGGCGCCCGUGAAAGUUUCUGAGCGCGGCGACGCGCUCGCUGCGCCCGUUUGGACUGAUCAACGCCUCCUUAAAAGUUUUUUAAGCAGGCAUUGGGACAGAUGUACAUGCUUUAUAGGUGUUUUGAGGUUUUAUUGUAUUUGUGGCCUUUGUAUCGGCCGGGCAAAUGUUUCUUAUUCCCAUGUUUCUUCCCGCUGCACCACUGUGGAAGGUAGAGUUUCUCUUCUCUAAUUUGCUACCGCAACGCACGGUUGUUCCUACAAGUCUUCUGCUGGUGUUUGUUGUGCCCAUGAAGAUCUAGCCCAACUCUGCACCGUUGACAACAAAUAGUCGCAAGUGCCGAUUGCUGCUGGUUGGCUCAAUCCAGAAUUUGGCCCCACAAGUGCGAUGAACCUAGGUGAAAGUAUCGCUGCCAAAAUGGCAGUGAUACUUUCCAAGGUGAUCGGUCAGAAGGAGGUUGGCACGCAGUGCAACGUCUUGCCUCGGGCAGCCAAGUCUGUUGGGUGCUCCUUCAAAGCAGCCAGCAAGUCGGCGAGCGUGCAGACUACAGAGACUGUGGAUCAGUCAAGCUCCACCUCAGGCUCCACAAGUGCAACGAACCUUGGUGAAAGUAUCGCUGCCAAAAUGUCAGUGAUACUUUCCAAGGUGAUCGAUCAGCAGGAGGUUGGCACGCAGUGCAGCAUCUUGCCUCGGGCGGCCAAGUCUGUCGGGUGCUCCUUCAAUGCAGCCAGCAAGUCGAGUGGCGUGCAGACUACAGAGACUGUGGAUCAGUCAAGCUCCACCUCAGCAUCGAGGCCUUUUACUUCUCCAUCAACAGCCAGCGAUGACAAUUCAAAGCAGGGAUGCCUCCACCAAGAUCAUCUCUGUGACUAUGAGGCUGAUAAACUGUUUCCUCCGGAAGCACAUGCCAGGGUCCAUACUGGUGAGUGUCUGUUUAAGUGCCAUUUGUGCCCUCAGAGCUUCUCAAGAAAAGGCACCCUGAAGAGACACUUGUACGUCCACACGGGUGAGCGGCCAUUUCAAUGCCCUUCAUGCCUUCAGAGCUUCUCACGAAAAACCAACCUCAAAGACCACUUGCUCACCCACACAGGUGAGAAGCCAUUUCAGUGCCCUUCAUGCCUUAAGAGGUUCUCACGAAAUGCCUAUCUGAAAACUCACCUGCGCACCCACACCGGUGAGAAGCCAUGGCAGUGCCCUUCAUGCCCUCAACGCUUCUCGCUUAAGGUCAGCAUGAAAGAUCACCUGUGCACCCACACAGGCGUGAAGAAGCCAUAUCAAUGCCCUUCAUGCCCUCGGAGCUUCUCACAAAAGUCCCAACUCAAAAUCCACCUGCGCACCCACACAGGUGAGAAGCCGUUUCAGUGUCCUUCUUGCCCUCGGAGCUUCUCACAAACGACCCACCUAAAAGAUCACCUGCGCACCCACACAGGUGAGAAGCCAUGGCAGUGCCCUUAUUGCCCCCAAAGCUUCUCGUAUAAGUCGAGCAUGAACAACCACCUGCACAGACACAUAGGCGUGGAGAAGGCAUAUCAAUGCCCUUCAUGCCUUCGGAGCUUCUCACUAAAGUCCCAACUCAAAAUCCACCUGCGCACCCACACAGGUGACAAGCCAUGGCAGUGCCCUUCAUGCCCUCAAAGCUUCUCGCGUAAGUCCCGCAUGGAAAACCACUUGCGCACCCACACAGGCGAGAAGCCAUGGCAGUGCCCUUCUUGCCCUCAAAGAUUCAUCCAAAAGUCCGGCAUGAAAGACCACCUGCGCUGGACCCACACCGGUGAGAAGCCAUUUCAGUGCCCUUCAUGCCCUCAAAGCUUUGCGCGCAAGUCCAGCUUGAAUAGACACCUGCGAACCCACACAGACGAGAAGCCAUUUUAGUGCCCUUCAUGCCUUCGGAGCUUCUCACUAAAGACCCACCUGAUAACCUACCUGCGCGUGUGGUGAGAAGCCAUGAUGGUGCCCUUCAUGCCCUCAAUGUUUCUUGUAUAAGUCCAGCAUGAAGAAACACCUGUGAAC